CAACCCAUUUGCAUAACUUUUUGUAGCAGGAUGGAGGAAGAAUUUGAAAUUUUGGUGGCCGGCGUCUAACCAUAAAUUGCCUACAUUGGACUGCGUCGCCAUAAUUUUUCCUAUUAUAUAAAAAACUGACCCUCCAGCGGAAGCAGACGGUGGAGAGAGAGAGCGGAGAGGAAGAGAGAGAUGGAGACCGGGAUAGUGGUGGUCGAGAAGGUCGGCGGCAAGUCAACGGUGACCCGCUGCUUUUCCAAAUACCCGGUCAAGCUCAUCGUCCCCAACAAGGUCGGCUCCUCGAAAACCGACGCUGUUUGGAUCUACACUCUCUCCUACGGCGGCGGUAUCGUCUCGGGAGAUCGGAUUUCUCUGAGUAUAGGUGUCGGUGAUGGCUGCACUGCAGCAGUGACAACUCAGGCUUCUACCAAGGUAUAUAAAUCGGUGGAUUCAAAGUGUUCUGAGCAAGCAUUAGAGGCUAGAAUUGGAAGGAAUGCACUUCUGGCUAUUAUUCCAGAUCCUGUGACCUGUUACUCAACUGCUAGGUACUCCCAGAAGCAAGUAUUCAGAGUCUUUUCUGAUUCAAAUUUGGUCAUUGUUGAUUGGAUAACCAGUGGUCGUCAUGAAAGGGGAGAAAAAUGGGAGUUUGAGCUCUACAAGAGUACCAAUCAGAUUGUCUUAGAAGAAGGCCAGCCAUUAUUUCUUGACUCGGUCCUACUGGAACAAGGAUCUGCUUGCAGUAUUGCUGAACGCAUGCAGGAAUACCAUGUUAUUGCAAUGGUCAUAAUGUUGGGACCCAAGUUAAAACAUGUUCAAAAUCAAGUUCAAGAGGAAGUGAAGAAGAUGAUGUCCAGACACUUCCGUGUUCCUACACCCACUCCAGGGCGCUAUAUGAGGUCAGAAUCCCAAAGUGAUGCAACCAGACCAGCCUUUGUUGCUUCUUGCAGUGCCUUUGGUCCUCAGGCAAUUGGGGUUGUUGUUCGAAUAGCAGCAGUAACCACUGAGUCAGUUUACAUGUUUUUACGGCAUCACCUAGCUACCUUGGAGCUAUUUCUGGGAGUAACACCAUAUCAAUAAUCUAGAAGACAAGGCUUUGGAUGAUGAAGUCCAGACAUGUUUUUUGAAACCUAAAUCUUUUACGUUCAUUUUUCAUCAAUAUGUUUGAUUUUCCUUUUCUUUUUUUUUUUUUAAUUUCCCCUUUAAAGCAAUACCUUUAACUUUUAUAAGCUAGGUUCAUUUGAGAUCAUUAAAUAAAGGACAUCAUCAUUUGAAAUAAUCAAUUCCUAUCCUUAUUAUUACCUUAAAGCAUCUUUGCUAUAAGUAAACACGGAUUGGAGCAGGUUGCCAUCUUUUCUGGGGUUAAACUUAAGUUUACUGCUUAAUUAGUGAUACGCUCCUGCAACAGAGUAGCAUCCAAGUGACAAUUUGGCAUCUAUAUGUCUCCCAAGGUGUGCCUGAACGGGGGUAAAUUUGACUCCAAUCAUAUUAUUUAAAGGUCAUCACUGCCUGCUAUGGAUUGUAAAUUGUAGCUGAGCGGGGUACAAAUUCUUUUGCUACUCUGGUUUGUCAUUUUCAGCAAAGCAGUAAACUCUUUCACUAUAAUCUGCGGGAUAUCUUCCUGCCUGAGGUUCAGGUGCAAAAGCUGAUGAAUCCCACCUUGGUUUGCCAUCUUGUCUGGGUCGAUUUAUGUAACAGUAAGGAUCUCUUCCUUGGCAAAGAAUUAAACUGAGAAAUAUAUACUUUAGUUCCUUUA